ACGAUCAAGAACGAAAUGGAAUCUGGUGAUACUUCGAACUUCCUUUUACCUUCGAGAAAAGAUCUACGUAUGAAGAAGAAAAAAAACAACAAAAGUGAUCAUCCUACGCAAAAAACAACUAACCAAAAUCAUUCGUCCGAUUUCACUUCCGGCUCGAUUCUCACAAACGAAUUUUGUAAAUCGAAUAAUAAUUCUGCUACUAGUCUUCCUCUUGAAAGUUAUGGGUUUCCAUACUACAGAAGUUAUAGAAAUGGUGGACGUUCUCAGGAUGCUGUACUAGUAAAAGAUAUUGGAAUAUCUUGUACAUUAUUAAACGAAAAAAUAUCAUCUUCUAAUUUUUCUAAAGAUUCCAUCGUCGAAAAUUAUCUCGUAAAACGUUUGAAAACUGAAUACAAUGAUUUAACAGAAAUCACGAAAAAAAUUAGUUCUUACACGAAUGAUAUUAUACGUAAUUUGAUACUGAGAGAUCGUAAGAAGAAAGAACAAGUAGAAAAUAAAAUUAUAAAAUCGCAAGAACAGAAAAUUGUAAAUAAGAAGAAAACUAACGAAGGUUGUGUCAAAUUGAAAUUGAAAAGUGAUGCUGAAAUUCGAUGCUUGUAUCGAAAGGAUACAUUUGAUUCUUCCGAUAUAUCGAGAUAGAUAAACGUAAAGAAUUCAAAUCAAUCAAUCGACUUAUUACGAAGGAUGAGAAAAAUCAACGAAAAUUAUUCUCAAACGAAACACGUAAUUAUAAAAUCAAAAGUUCUUCGAAUUCUGAUAG